AUGGGUCAUUUAGGUACUCAUGGAGCUUCAUUCACAUUUAUCAAUGAUAGAAAGAGCUUGAAAACGUUCAGUGAUAUCGCAGUUGAGGGAAAACUUCGACUUAAAGUGCUUGAUUUAAGCAAUCGCUGGCCCAAUGAUCUUAUCUACAACGAAGAGUUUUUCGAUCGCUCUCAAGAUUUUUGCGAGGAGGAUUUUCCGAGAUUUGAUUUCUCAUCUGAUUUCAUGUUAACUACGCCUUAUGCGAUGCAGAAUUUGCAUAUUCUCCAAGAUUAUGACGGUGAAAUCAAAAAUGAAAGCUCUUCCUCAGUUGUUUUUAAUAACUCAAAUCAUUUACUAGGAAAUGAAGCGACUUCUAAGUGUAUCAACAAUGUCAUUAAUUCCAAUCCGAAAUUUAAUAAGGCAACCUACUCGAAUUCUGAUCUUUUAAAAAUUUUUGCGAGCAUAAAGACGGCGGAAAUUUCUAACGUGCUUCUGGAAAAACUAGCUGCUCUGAAGAUAGUAUCGUCACAUACUUAUGAUGAAGCAAGGGAUAUAAAUUUGAAAAUGCUAGAUACCAUAGUUAUAAAGGAUAGAGAAACGGAAUUAACGGCGGCUGGGAUCAAAAAUAGAAGUCACAAUAAAAGAAGAUACUUGAGGAAACAAAUUCUUGCCGUCCAAAAUAUUUUAUCUGCAGAAGACUGGUCAUUUUAUGCAAAAAUUCGUUUUCCUUCACUUUCAAAACAGGAACUGUUUUCCAAAUCCAAUUGUGUUGAAAAAAAUCUUUGCCGAAGAACACUUGGAAGAAAAUCACUUAAUACCCCAUGUUCAGUGGAUUGUUUAAUUUCAAAGGAAUUUACUUCGAAAUUGAGUUGCAUUGAUCUUCAGAAGCAGUCUGUAAAACCAUAUAAAGAAAAUGCAUUCAAGAAAUCUUUGGUCUCUGAAAAAUCCGAAGAUUGGAAAAAGAAACUGAUUAAAAUCAAUUCAAAAUUUUUCAAUGAAAUGUUUCUGAAGAUGAAUAAAUAUAAAGAGGUAGCAGUAUCAACAGAGGAAAAUCAAACGGUCUCCGUAUCAAUCCAAACGGAAGAGCAAUUGAUUCGUAAUUCCACAAAUCUGACUGGAGACAUUUAUUUGAUAGAUGAUGACAUGGCUUACGAAGAUUGUAAGAACAAAUUUUCACAUGAAUUUAGACUGAUGCAGGAUAACAUUCAUCAAAUUGAAGAUUAUAUGACUCACAUUCUUAGUUCUAAAUUAUUAUCAACUUUUGAUCAAGCUGGUCACUGA